ACCCCUCUCCUCUCCUAUGUCGAUCCUAAACAAAACGAGAAAAGACAGUUGGCUGGUGCACUUUGAAGAGAGGCGUUGUUAGUUGCUCCGUUGUGUCGACAUUUUUCUGUUUAGUGUACCGAUUAAUCCUGAAAUAUCACCAUGGCUGACCAACUCACCGAAGAACAAAUUGCCGAAUUCAAAGAAGCUUUCUCGCUGUUUGAUAAAGACGGAGAUGGUACAAUUACUACGAAAGAAUUAGGUACAGUAAUGAGAUCUCUAGGACAAAAUCCUACAGAAGCAGAAUUACAGGAUAUGAUCAAUGAGGUAGAUGCCGAUGGUAAUGGUACAAUCGAUUUCCCCGAAUUCUUAACGAUGAUGGCGCGUAAAAUGAAAGACACUGACAGUGAGGAAGAAAUUCGCGAAGCAUUCCGAGUAUUCGAUAAGGACGGUAAUGGUUUCAUUUCAGCGGCGGAACUCCGCCACGUGAUGACCAACCUUGGUGAGAAAUUGACAGACGAAGAAGUUGAUGAAAUGAUCAGGGAGGCAGACAUCGACGGUGAUGGUCAAGUCAAUUACGAAGAGUUUAUCAGGACACAUCUGUUAGCCAAGUGAUUAUAUGUUGUAUAAAAAAGAAAUAACAUUUAUAAAGUAGUGAGUAACAGUGGCAUUUAAAGUAGAUCAAAUUGUUAUAACUUAAAUAUUUUAAUUCUUUGUAGUUGACAUUGUUAUUGUUUUCAUUAAAAUGUUUAACAGCAA